AAAAUCUGGUUCGACAAAAGUUCGCGACACCCCUAGUCACAACAAGCUGCGUGGUGAGACAAGUGAGUGAUUUGCACGCAAGAUUCCAAACUCGACAUAAUCGAAGACGUCAACGAACCGAUGUCCUCUGGCCGAUCUGCUUGGAGAAUUUCUAGGCAUGACUGAACGGGUGUUCGAAAACCACUUCUCCGACCACGACGGCAGCUCGGACGUCGUUCUGCCGGACGGAGAGUUCACGAACAAGUUGGAGCGGGAGAGGCGCGUCCUGGAGCUGGCGGGAGUGCUGGAGAAGGACCUUGUCAAGCACACCAACUGGAAUGACGUUUCGGUGUACACCGGCACCACAGGUGAGGGAGAUACAUGCCCGAAGGAGAUCAGCUGCCUAUCAGAGCCCACGACAGGCAUUCUCUUCAAUUGCUGUUUCUGCACCCAUGUCACCAGGGAUCAGCGUGGAAUCCUCACUCAUCUGGUUGACCACGGUGAUGAACAACUCAAGUGCCAGUACUGCUUUGAGUUUUUUUCCAAGGAAGAAGAUUUGAGAUGCCACGCUGAGAUUCACAAGCCAGAAAGAAAUUUUGGCUGUCAACUAGGCCCAGCAGCAUUCUGGAAAAAUAGUCCAUUGGUCAAUCGCGUUCAAGCCCACACUGGUAAAAAACCUCCCAGAUGCCAGGAAUGCCUGCAAACACUUUCUCUGUGUAAUUGCCUGAGGUCUCAUAUACAAGACCAGACGAGCAAAAAACUUUUCAAAUGUGAGCUAUGUCCCCAGGCCUUUAGGGAGAAUGCAAAGCUGACCCGCCACAUUCGGACGCACACAGGCGAGAGACCUUACAAAUGCGAGCACUGUCCCCUAGCUUUUAGCGACACUCAGAAGCUGACUUGCCACAUUCGAAGUCACACAGGUGAGAGGCCUUACAAAUGCGAGAUAUGUACCCAAGCCUUUAGCCAUAGAGGAAAUCUGACACGGCACAUUAGAACGCACACAGGCAAGAGACCUUGCAAAUGCAAGCAGUGUCCCCAAGCCUUUAGUCGGAGCCUGAAGCUGACCAGCCACGUUCAUACGCACACGGACGAGAGACCUUACAAAUGCGAACAAUGUCCACAAGCAUUUAAUAGGCUUGGAAACCUGAUCCGUCACAUUCGAAAACACACAGGCGAAAAACCUUACAAGUGUGGGCUAUGUCUCCAAGCCUUUAGUGAGAAUGCCAAGCUGACCCGCCACAUUCGAAUGCACACUGGCGAGAGACCUUACAAAUGCGAGCAGUGUCCCCUAGCCUUUAGUGACAGCCAGAAGCUGACUCGCCACAUUCGAACUCACACAGGUGAGAGACCUUACAAGUGUGAGCUAUGUCCCCAAGCCUUCAUCUCUAGAGAAGAUCUUAAACUACACAUUCGAACGCACACAGGCGAGAGACCUUACAAAUGCAAGCAGUGUCCUCAAGCCUUUAGUCGGAGCCUGAGGCUGACCAUCCACAUUCGAAUGCACACAGGCGAAAAACCUUACAAAUGCGAGCGAUGUCCGCAAGCAUUUUGUGCGCGUGGGAGCCUGGUCCGCCACAUUCGAAAACACACGGGUGAAAGACCUUACAAAUGUGAGCUAUGUCCCCAAGCCUUUAGUGAGAAUUCAAAGCUGACCCGCCACAUUCGAACGCACACAGGCGAGAGGCCCUACAAAUGCGAGCAGUGUCCCCAAGCCUUUAGUGACAGCCAGAAGCUUACCCGCCACAUUCGAAGUCACACAGGUGAGAGACCUUACAAAUGUGAACUAUGUCCCCAAGCCUUUAGCCGUAGAGAAAAUCUGACACUGCAUAUUCGAACGCACACAGGCGAAGGACCUUACAAAUGCAAGCAGUGUCCCCAGGCCUUUAGUGAGAAGCUGAAGCUGACCCGCCACAUCCAAACGCACAUGGUUAAAGAUCUCACAAAUGUGAGCAGUGUCUCAAAGCCUUUAGUCAAAGUGAAAAGGUGA